AUGAUUGAUUUGAUAAAUGAUUUUGAAUCAGAUAUGCACAAACUCGGAGGUCUUGCUUUAGUUAUUCGGGAACUUAGUAACUCAGAUGCUGGAAUAAGGGUGGCCUGUGCAUGGAUUGUUGGUAAAGCCAGUCAAAACAAUCCUGUAGUUCAGAAACAGAAACAACCUAAAUGGCCUGAAAUUGUCUAUUCCGAAGGCGGCGACCUAAUGCUAAAGGGCAUUUUGAGCAACGCCACUGCUGAUGUUAGAUUAGUGUCACUUGUAGCUGAUCUGGCUGAAUAUAAGUUAGAAUAUACUAGCAAAUGGGAUGUUCCUUUUUUCUGCAAUUGUGCAUUGGUGAGGCUGCUGAUUGAUUUGAUAGCAUCAGGUUCCUUUUCUCUACUAAAAUCAUCCGUUCAAAUCUUGAAUUGGGUGUUCGUUAAUUUCCUCAGACCCGCUAAGAACCUCAAGAAAGACGGCUCAUGGGCAUUGGUUAUGGGUCCUACAGAUGGUAUUGGUAAAGCAUUUGCCUUCCAACUGGCCAGUAAAGGACUAAAUUUGGUUCUUGUGGGUCGGAAUCUUGCGAAACUAAACGAUGUUUCAGAUUCAAUGCGAACUAAAUUCAAACAAACCCAAAUCAAAGUUGUUGUGGUUGAUUUUAGUUGUGAUUUAGAUCAUGGGCUUGGGAGGAUUAAGGAAACAAUUGCUGGUAUAGAUGUUGGGUUUUUGAUAAAUAACGUUGCGGUUUGUUAUCCUUAUGCUAGAUUUUUUCAUGAAGUCGAUGAUAAGUUGAUGUCUGAUUUAAUUAAGGUUAAUGUUGAAGGGACGACUAAAGUUACAAAUGUUGUCUUGACUAGAAUGAUCAAGAGAAAGAAAGGAGCUAUUGUUAAGUGA